CACAACACUGGUUGCACUCGUGGUAGAACUGUUCAUCGAUAGCGCAAGCGUCGACCGUUACACAUAUUUUACAGCUGCCGAGUACUUAGUGAUAAAUAUGGUGGACAACGGGGUACGCUUUUGACCAGACCGAGAACCCACUUGCGUCCCAGAAGAUGUUUGUUUUGUUUUUCAAGCUCGUUAGCUAACGUUAGCCUGUCUGCUAUCUGAUAUCUAUGCAUUAAUGUUGACGUGCCCUUUUUAUAUUGGUAACAUAUAACUUAUUCACAAUGAAUAUCUAACAUGUUUACCAUUAAUGCUUGAAACACAAAAGCUGCUGUUACCGCUUUAUUGGGAGUCUGGCUGACAACAACAACCCUGAUUGCCUGAUUGGUAACAGUCGGUGAGAUGUAGCCGAUGAAAUGGCGUAUGAUGAUAAACUUGCAAUCUUCCGACAAACCCGCCUCAAUCCCUUUGAUCGUGGAGAUGAUGAAGAUGUUCUCCAAGGAGGCAAGACACCCCCACUGCACGAAUCAAGGCCUGAACUGUUCCCUGGGACCAGAACCCACAUUUCAGACCGAACAAUGGACCUCGGUCUAGCUGAGGACCACUUCUCAAGGCCUAUGGGUUCGAUUGUGGCUCCCGACAUUGAACAGCUGAAGAUGGCCAUAGAGGAGUGUAAAAAGCUGAUUCUGGAGCUGCCAGAACACUCUGAGAGACAAAAGGACACUGUAGUUAAACUUAUCCACCUUCGUCUCAAGCUACAGGAACUUAAGGAGCCUGGGGAGGAUGAGCCUAAUCUGAGAAUCCUACUGGAGCACCGCUUUGCCAAGGAAAAGAGCAAGAGCGUGAAACAGACCUGUGACAAAUGUAGCACUAUCAUCUGGGGCCUUAUCCAGACUUGGUAUACCUGCACAGGUUGCUAUUAUCGUUGCCAUAGUAAGUGUAUGAACUUGAUCACCAAGCCCUGUGUCAGGUCAAAGGUCAGCCACCUGUCGGAGUUCGAGCUCAGCAUCUGCCCUGAGAUUGGACUAGACCGACAAGACUACCGCUGUGCAGAAUGUCGCACACCUAUUUCACUAAGGGGCGUGCCGAGUGAAGCCCGACAGUGUGACUACACAGGCCAGUAUUACUGCAGCACAUGCCACUGGAAUGACACGGCCAUCGUCCCAGCCCGUGUCAUCCACAACUGGGAGUUUGAAUCGCGCAAGGUGUGUCGCUCCUCAAUGCGCUACCUGGCUCUGAUGAUCUCACGACCUGUGCUGAAGCUCAAAGAAAUCAACCCGCUGCUCUUCAACUUUGUGGAGGAACUGGUCGAGAUCAGGAAACUCCGUCAGGAUAUUUUGUUGAUGAAACCUUAUUUUAUUACCUGUAAGGAGGCCAUGGAGGCUCGGAUAUUACUACAGCUUCAAGAUCGACAACAUUUUGUGGAGAACGACGAUAUGUACUCACUACAGGAUUUGAUCGACAUCUCCAGUGGCAGACUCAGCUGUUCCCUCACAGAGGUCCACACCACGUUUGCUAAGCACAUCAAACUAGACUGUGAGCGUUGUCAGGCCAAAGGAUUUGUGUGUGAGCUGUGUAAGGAAGGAGACAUACUGUUCCCUUUUGACAGCCAUACCUCUGUCUGCCAUGACUGCUCUGCUGUGUUCCACAGAGAUUGUUACUAUGACAACUCAACAACUUGUCCACGAUGUGCCCGGAUGACCGAGCGGAAGCAGGACGAGGUGCCAGUUGUGAAAGAUGCGUAAGAAGCGACUGGAGAGCUGAACUUUGCCUCGACGAACAACGUCCGACAGAAGACUGGCUUUUAGUUUUUGUCCUCGGUUGGUUUUAUGUACUUGUUUAUACUGUAGUGUCUUUAACGUCAUGAGCAGGGUACUUGGAAACCUAUCUGGAAAUUACAAUUUUUUUUUUUUUUUUUUACCCAACUUAUGAAUUCAUACUGAAAUUGGAUGUAUUGAACACUGUUUGUGUGAGUGCUUUGCAUUAGUGUGUGAAUCUGCUUGUAUAAAUGUAUAAAGUACAUGCUGAGAAACGCCACCUCAGCAUGCAGGAGUUGUUGUAUAUUAACUGUAGCAAACCGGGACUGAAUUAACCUACACUGCCAAUUUUACUUCACUUUAAGGUUGCCGUAUACAAAGAGUGGUUUUGAAUUUCAAUCACGAUAACUCCAGAUUCCAAAGACUCAAAUUGCCUUUCAGCUUCUCGUUGUAUAUUUUUUAAAUUGUAUUCACAAAAUCUUGUAAAGAUGCUUUUGAAAGUUAAGUGCACUGGGAUGUCAUUUAUGAAGGUAUUAAAUUAGUAUGAAAGAACAAAAAAUGCAGUGUCUAACUAGUUGACGAUAAGAAACCAAUUUAAUAUAUGAGACUUUGAUGUUUACUCAUAUUCCAUCGUCACUCUCAGCACAAGUCCUCAAGUGGUUCACACUCGUCCUCCACUUAUAUAACAUGGCUAUUUUCAUCUCGGUCAUAAUUCAUCUGUUAAACAUUUCAGAAGGACUUGAGAAAAUAUUUCCAGGCAAUAUUGCAACAAUAUUUCUUUUUAGCAUAGACCUUCUUUGAGUUUGUUUAUAGUCAAUUCAUCAACCUGGAUAAUGGAAAAAUAAUUAUAUUGCUGGCAAGUUUUUUGACAAGAAGGGUUGUAUCUAUACAAUCAUUGACACCAUUAUUUGAAAUAUAUACAGUAUUGGCAACAGAAAUGUAAUCGAAGCAUGCAUCACUAGUACAUAUUCUAGGAGGGAGAAUUGUUUAACUUAAGAAUAUUUAAGUUAAAUGUACUUUCCUUUUAUGCAAAAAACUCAUUUUCGACCGUGUGAUGUGUGUCUGGUUCAGUUUGGUGCAGCGUGUAACACAUUGAUAAAUCCUCAUAAACAUCGGUGCCUAAGCUGGUCACAGCUGUUACCCAAACGUCUUAUUACACUUUGCAUCAUGUUAAUGCUUUCAGUCUUCAUGGAUAGACACAUGUCCAGAGAUGUAAAGAGGCAUAUUUGGUAAUGAGUACAUGUUGACCUAAGGUAUUUAUUCUAAACUAAUGAGUUUUGGCUGUCUUAUCUUUCAGCAUGAUUUCAAACUAAGAGACAUAAAUAGCCAAACGUUGGUAAAAGCCAUGACUUGUAAAACGUGGAGUAGUGCAUGAAUAAAGUUAUUAAAUAUAUUAAAACUGCA